AUGGCCACCAAAAGAAUCGUCACCCAGGAGAAGACCCAUCUUGACCAAGACGAAGUCCAGCAGCAGCCUUCUAUAACCACCCCGGCUGUGCCACAACAUGUCAUUGUUAAGCUGCUGCUCUUCACGUUUGCUAUGAUUAUCCUCCCAAUCUCGUCUUACUUCAUAACUCUCAACACAAUCUACUCUGGCAACUCCACAUUUGCUGGUGCAACCGCUGCAAUCAUUGCGAAUGUUGUCCUGAUUGGCUACGUGAUCGUCGCCAUGAGAGAGGACGCAGACGAACGAGCAGAGGCUGAAGAGAAAGAUAAAAAAUCUCGCUGA